AUGCCACGGCGGGGAGGGGGCGUGGCCAGCGGGGCAGGGGGCGUGGCCGGCCCCCGAGGGGGCGUGGCCGAGGGCAGGGCGCCGGCGGGAGCCGCCCCCGGUGGCGGCGGGAGGCAGCGGCAGCGCGCGGGGCUGCGGCACCUCCGGGCGGCCCCGCGCCGGCACCGGCACCCCCGGACCCGGCACCCCCGGAACCCCCGGGGCACCCCCGGGACCCCCGGACCCCGGUCCCGGCAGCGCCGCCCGCGGGGUCCCGGCGGUUCUCGGGGCGGAGCGGAGGCAGGUCCCCGAGGGAGAAGACACGGCCCCGCCGCGCUGCCGGAGGAGAGGAAGCCUUGGGAAAGCUCUGAGCCUCCCCCGGUGAAGCUGAGGUCACGGCUCCCGGAGGCCCAGCCGUGUCGGGGGUCCUGCUGCCUGCCUGACCCCCGGGCUGUCCCGCUGCCAGCACCGCAGCCGUCCCCCCUGUCCCCGCCAAUGCCCCCGGGCGGAGGCUGCGCCGGCGUCCCAAGCGCGGGGCCGAGCCGGGGGUCCCGCUUCUCCCCACGGGGCAGCGGCGAUGGGGCGGCUCUCUCCACCGGAGCAGUCGUUGCGAUUUCUUUCAACUGCAUCAUCGCGUUGCUCAUCCUCAUCCUCUUCCUCAUCCUCUGCAAGGCCUGCAGGACCCCGUCGUGCCCCAAGAAGGGCCCCCCCUCCGACGCGGAUGAGGCGAGGAACGAGGAGAAGUACCUGCUGCAGCCCUGAGCCGCGCGGGCAGGCGGUGCUGGGGGGCUCGGGGACGUGGGCACCCGGCGGUGCUGAAGGAGCUGCGCUUACUUGGACAGGGUGUCCACGCUGGGACAGUGGUGCUGGCCUGGCAGGAUGGGAGCAGAGGGGACGCUGAGCUGUUUGCAGGGGCAUGACGCAGGGCAGAGCCCUUCACCCCCGUGGUCCUGGUGCGUGGACACCCUGCGGAUGCCCGUGGCGACUGCGAGGACGGAGACACAGCGGCUGGGGACGUGCUCUGGGGGCAUGCCUGGUCCCUGCAGACAGCAAGCGCGGUGGGAGCCGUGCCCUCGAGCCCACCCCAUGUUCGGGGCCGGCCCGCGGGCUCCUCCGUGGUGCUGGUGGCCCGGCUUUGGGGACACGCUCUGCCCUUCCCCUGGGGACAGCGGCACGUGGAGAUUCGGCCACCAGCUCCUCGUGGCAUCGCAGACCUGAGCGGGGCUGGCUGGGGGCUCAGAGAGGGGAGGCGGCGGGGCCGGCACCAGCGGGCUGGCUGCCUGGGGUGGCACCGUGCCCCGGGGGGACCCAGCCACAGGGGUGUUACUGGGGUGGUCCUAGGGUGCGGAGGGCAGGGGGCAGCUGGCACCCACCCGCUCCAGCGGCUGGCGGGGUUUGAUGAGCCAUGGGGGUGCAGAGGGCCACUCGGGCUGUCUGUUUGUCCCCAGUCUGUCUGUUUGUCCCCCUCCAGCAUUAGCACCAACGCUGCCAGGCAAACGCCCUCCUCGCUGGGCGCCUGUCCCUGCCCGCCCUACACCUGCCCAAACGCUGGCUGGGGCCAGGCAGCCGAUGGGCGGGGACAUGUCCCCAUCCCUGGUGCUGUCCCCUGUGAGAGCAGCCUGGGGUGGUGUUUUGCGGGGGGAUCGGGGCUGUCCAAGCGCCCUUCACGGUGACGGGCACCUCCUGGUGUGCUGCCCCGAUUGGGUAGCUGCAACAUGCCAGUGGCACCUCCCCCCCGUGCCCCACUGCUGCCUGCCCGAGCCCCCGCAGAGAGCUGGGAGUAUUUCAGAGUUAAGAGUGCCUGGCUAAAUGGCACCGAAGGGUCUUCCAGCCCUGAUGCCUGAGGACAGGAGGUCAGUCUGGCCCCCCUCUCCAGGGCCAUGGUGGCUCUAAAGCGAGGGACGCUUGGUCUGGUUUCUCCCCAAGCCUGACAGCCGCUUCCUCUGUCCUGCCUUGUGGGUUUU